AUGGCCCCGAAUGCUCCUAUUCCCAAAGCGAGACGGAGCGAGACCCCGCGAGUUCGAGACCUUCCGAAUGUCGCCAGCCCUCGGCCCAAAAGGGGCGCUCGUGCAUUCCAACAGGCGCACCCUGGACAGGCAAUGAUCCUCUCGACUCUGAAUCGCCUGACUUGCCUGGUCUUUGGCAAUUCGGGCCGGCAUGUUGGCCUUGACCGAUCGAGUCGCUUCGCCCUCCUGAUAGGCGCCACUGGCAGUUGA